AUGAAACACUUUGAUCAAUCAUUUAUCACGUUGCUAGUAUUGCUGCAUGUCAGCCUACUUUUGGGCCUCACGCAAGGCUUUUGUCCUGAAAGUUCUUGUCGUGUGAGCCAUCACCAAUCACGACAAGAACGACAAUUGCAAAGCAGCAGCGACGAUUUUUUUGGACCCAACACUGAACGAGACAACCACAUGCCAAGCAGCUACAGGGACCUCGAUCCAUUGGCUCCAUACCCAAUGGACAAGCUUGAAAAUGGAGGAAAGGUUACACUCGUCGGAUCGGGUCCAGGAGAUCCGGAGUUGUUGACAAUGAGCGCCUACAAGCUGUUGCAAGAUCCCGAGGCCUUUUUCAUCUGUGAUCGAUUGGUGAGCAAAGAGAUUGUGGAUAUGAUACAAGGCGAAGUGAAGACUGCGAGGAAAAUUCCGGGGUGUGCCGAAAUGGCCCAAGAAGAAAUUUACAGUUGGGCCCACGACGCCUUGUCUCGUGGCAAACACGUCGUUCGGCUGAAGAUUGGAGACCCUUUUGUGUUUGGACGAGGCGGUGAAGAAGUUAUUAACUUUCGCCGAUUUGGAGUCGAGCCAAAGGUUAUCCCAGGAGUUUCAGCAGCAUUUUCGGCUCCACUACUAGCCAAUAUUCCUGUCACACAUAGGGGCGUGGCAAAUCAGGUGGUCAUGUGCACAGGCUAUGGACGUGAGGGAUCAUCGCCCGACUUGAUUCAGUAUCACGAGGAGCAAACAGUCGUCUUCCUCAUGUCUGUUGGAAGGUUGAGAGAGCUUUCUGAGAGAUUGAUUAAGCUUGCAGGCUUUCCCGCCGAUACACCCGUGGGAAUUGUUGAAAAGGCCGGGUGCCCUGAUCAACGAACGGUGGUUGGGGAUAUGUCAAAUAUCGCCGAUCUAGCUGCACUUCACGACAUUCAGCCACCUUCCACGAUUAUUUUUGGCAAAGUGGUGAACGUUCUUCUCGACUCUGAUCAAUACGAAAUCAUCGAAGGACUGGUGAAGUCAGCAGCAAAGCCUUUCGCAGCGAAGUUUGCUAACUAA